AUGAACGUCUUUGUCUCCGGGUCCAUUGUCUGUUUGAGUGAAGACAACCUUGUUUGUGAGCGCCAAGGGUCCACAAAGGUCGCGACAGCAACAGCGGUCGUAGUCUCAUCGUCCGGCACAGGAGGCGGCGGUGGCGGCGGCGGCGGCGGAGACUCGGCCACAGGAAGCGCGACCGACACGUCGACGGAGGACCCAGUGUCGGAGAUCCGCCACCUCCUGCCGAAGGCCAACCUGGCCAACAACACCGUCACCAACAUCCCCGUCCAGCUCGGUGCCACAGCCUUCCUGCCGUGCAAAUACCGCCACCUGGCCGAUCACCAGGUGUCCUGGUUCCGCCGUCGAGACUGGCACAUCCUCACCACCGGGAUUUUCACCUACACGAACGACGAGAGAUUCACGGUCCUGCACCCGCCAGAGUCCGAUGACUGGACGCUGCAGAUCAAGUACACCACCAGGAGGGACAAUGGCACCUACGAAUGCCAGCUGUCAACAGGAACUGGAGUGAUUUCGCAGUUCGUGAAUCUGCACGUGGUGGUCCCCCAAGCCUUCAUCCUGGGCAACACUGACUACCAUGUACAGCUCGGAUCAGCUAUCAAGCUCGUUUGCGUCAUCAAACAGAGCCCAACGCCUCCACAGUACGUGUUCUGGUACCACGACGACCACAUGAUCAACUACGACACCCAGCGCGGCGGCAUCAACGUCUCCACGGACACAGGCCCCAAGAAGACCCAGUCGCACCUCACCGUGUCCGACGCCCGCUACGAAGACACCGGCAACUACACCUGCAGCGCCUCCAACACCCGCUCCGCCUCCGUCAACGUCUUCGUGUCCUAUGGCGACAAGAUGGCGGCAAUACAGAGACGGAAGGCCGGCGGAGGAGCACCCGGCCUCUCCCUCGCGCCCGGCCUCUGGUCCUUGGUGGCCGCCGCCUUCUGGGCCCUCAGAUGAUGUGCUUGGCCUAGCCACGCCCACCUCCUUGCCGCCGGCGACCAGCAGCGACCGCGAGCUCCUGGGACUAGUAGAGAGAAGAGAAAGAGGGAGGGACGAGA